GAAGCUCCUCGUUCUCAAUUGCCGAUCGUCUCCAGGGCUUUCGUGAAUUGCUACUCUCGGUCGAGGUCUGAGAUCCGAACGCCUCGAGGUGCGAGUUUAGUUGAGUGUGCAUUUGAGUCUCGGAGGUCGAAGCGGUCCGCGUUCAAGCGUGUGUCCAUAGGUUCAGCUGGAGGUGUCGGCAAUCGAGUUUUGCGAAAGGAUCGGAGGGACUGCAGAUUGAGUUUUCAGUCCGAUUUCAGCUGCCUCGUCGAUUUCAAUUUGUCGAGGCGUAGGACCUUCAGGUGGAUUGAGAUAAUGGCGGCAGAGCAGGAGGAUGUGCAGGUCGAGGAGGAAGAGCAGGGAGCGGCACAGCAUGGCCCCUUCAUGGUGGAUCAGCUGCAGGCCUGCGGUGUUGCUGCUACGGACAUUAAGAAGCUCAAGGAGGCUGGAUUCUGCACCGUGGAGGCUGUGGCAUACUCUCCUAAGCGUGAUCUACUGAAGAUCAAAGGGCUAAGCGAGGCUAAGGUCGAUAAGAUUUCAGAAGCAGCUUCCAAGCUUGUGCCCAUGGGCUUCACAAGUGCCACCAUGAUGCACGAGCAGCGCUCGGAGAUCAUCCAAUUGACCUCGGGUUCGAAGGAUCUCGACAAAAUUCUUGAAGGCGGUUUUGAAACAGGAUCCAUUACUGAAAUUUAUGGAGAGUUUAGGACCGGCAAGACCCAGCUUUGUCACACACUCUGUGUAACAUGCCAGUUACCUCUAGAUCAAGGAGGGGGCGAAGGAAAGGCCUUGUAUAUCGAUGCCGAGGGGACUUUCAGACCUCAACGAUUGUUGCAAAUAGCUGAGAGAUAUGGGUUGAAUGGCAACGAUGUUCUUGACAAUGUUGCCUACGCUCGAGCGUACAACACCGAUCAUCAAUCUAAACUCCUGAUUGAAGCUGCCUCCAUGAUGGUGGAGUCCAGGUUUGCGUUGAUGAUCAUAGACAGUGCGACUGCACUGUAUAGAACGGAUUUCUCUGGCAGAGGUGAAUUGUCUGCGAGACAAAUGCACCUCGGUAGAUUUAUGCGGAGUCUUCAGAAGAUUGCCGACGAGUUCGGUGUCGCAGUCGUUAUUACCAAUCAGGUCGUAGCGCAAGUGGAUGGGGCCGCCAUGUUUGCUGGACCUCAAGUGAAGCCUAUUGGUGGAAACAUCAUUGCACACGCUUCUACAACCAGACUUUCGCUGCGUAAAGGUAGAGCUGAGGAGCGAAUUUGCAAGAUUGUUUGCUCACCCUGUCUGCCAGAAGCUGAAGCACGGUUUCAAAUAUCUCCGGAGGGAGUUACUGACGUCAAGGAGUAGUGACCAUGAAGACCAUACAUAGUCUGGAUCACAACUUUUGAGAACCUCCAGCAACAAGUAGGACAGAUGCCGGGCUGAUCCGCAUGAUAUCGGUGCUGAAUUCCAACUCUUCACACGCAAUUGCCGAACUGCUCACCUGUUAACCAAGAGCUCUCAGUCGACUCUGAACUACAAAAAGCUACACAUCAAUCUUGUAAAGAAAGAACGAAGUUGGAAAUAGCUUCCAGUGACUAGCUUGUACUCUCUGCUACUGAAGUGCCGUAGUGGUACAAAGAUAGUGUAACCCGGCUGACUGACUUCUAACAUAACUCCGCCGCAUGUCUGACGGCCAUAAGCUGCACUAGCCUAAAUUAGCUCUAAGUGUGGCAGGUUUUUCCCAAGAAUCGAAUUCUCAUGAUUCGUUUACGGCAAUGUAUAUUGAUUGCCUUCAGGAUGUAUUCAUAAGGACGGACGAUGUAAACACUGUAUCACGGUUACUCAAACUGUCUAUUCCAGGAAGUGAUAAAUUACAAUUCACUCAGACCUAUUUUUUCAGUCUGAGCUUUCCGUCCAUAUGUGCGUAAACUCAAGUGCAAUAUCUAUUGAGGGUUCUCACUCCUCAAAUACGUGCAGUACAAUCUGACUUGUUAGAUGUCGUUCGUGAAUGUCACUGUCGUCGGACUUGCCAUGGACGUUGACUUGAUCGAUGGGCGAUGUUUUCUACGACGUGAGGGGUCCAGUUUACUCACUCGGGUGCCUAAAGAUGUCAAUCGUUGUACUUUAUGACUCGCUAUCUUAGUAAGUCAUUCAAAUGACACGAAGGAAUCUUGGACCUAAGA